UACGCUGUAAUCAGUGACAAUUUAGCGCCAUUUAUGUUUCUGUUCUGUGAAGGUCUUAUUCUGUGCAGUAAACUGACGUCAUUGAUCGGUAGAUCGAGAAACUAAAACGGGCAGGCAACACAAAAAUAUAAAAGUAACUAGAGAAUUAACAUAUUGGUUGCACUCAACGAUGCGCGAACAUGUAAUACAGGGUAAUGGAAAUAGAAAUAUGACUACAAAGGUUAAUACUAUUUUAAACUGUUACAGAGAACUUACAGGUUUUCCUUAAUCCUUAUUAAUUCCCUCGUCGGAUCGGUGGUUGACGUAACCUCGGGUCGGGGCUCGGUUGACCGGUAUGGGACGUUUCGCCGUCGCCACUUCGCCGCCGCCAUUUGACCGUCGCCACUUCGCCGUGGCUAUUUCGCCUUCGCCAUUUCGCCGUAUGCCAUCCCGCCGUCGCCGUUUCGCCAUUGACCAUUUCGCCGUCAGUCCAAGAUAUAUUGUUAUAAAAAAAAGAACAUACAACUUCGAUGAAUCUGAUACAAUUCCUAUGUUGAUACUAUGUGUGUUAGCUCUUGUAAAGGUACUUAAUGCGUGUACAUCUAAUAUUUCCCAAGCAUCGCUGCCAAAUAAUUAUGCUCUCAAGAAAAUGGUGCGAAGGCAGCGAAACGAAUUAAAAAGAGCACCUCCCAAUCCGCAGAGUGUCGAAGAAUUAAUUAUACCAGACGAGUACACAAUAUACCACGCAGAGCCCGGCAGAAAUGAAAACUUUUUACUGUUCCAAGAAACCAAAGAUUUAUUAAUCUUUGGCCGUGAAAGUUGGCUGGCUCAUUUAUCUUCUAAAACAUGGUUUGUUGACGGAACGUUUAAAAUUGCACCUCCACUUUACGCGCAGGUGUACGUGUUGAUGGUAAAAAAACAUAAUGGUGUGCACCCUGUACUAUACACACUCCUCCCCAAUAAGUUAAGGGCUACUUAUGUUCGCUUUUUUAACAUAAUUAAAAAUAUGCAACAGAAUGCGAAUCCAGACAGCAUAUUUUGCGAUUACGAAUCAGCUGCAUUGUUAGCAAUGAGGGAAUGUUUUCCAAAUGUAUCUGUAAAGGGUUGCUUUUUCCACCUUGCGAAGAACAUGAGAAAAAAAUUGGCAGACUUGAAUUUAAUUCAAACUUACAACACCGACGCAGAAUUUGCAUUAAAGGCGAAAAUGGUGAUCGCUAUUUCUUUUGUACCGCUUGACCACCUGGACGAAGCGUUAGAUAGCCUUGCUGAUGUCUUGCCUCCAGAAUUGCACCCUCUACUUAAUUGGUUUGAGGAUAACUAUGUUGGAAGGCUUAACAGAAGGGGAAAUGGUCGCCGGGCUCCCAUAUUUGAAUCUUCAAUAUGGAACUUGUACGAACGCACACUACAUGAAGAAGAUCGUACAAACAAUCACUCAGAAGCUGCACAUCGGAGAUUGCAGACUGAAUUAGGUGUUCUACAUCCUACCUUGUGGAAAUUUAUAGACGCUUUGCGCGCGGUGCAGCAUGGCCGAGAUAUUUAUUAUGAAUCACUGGUAGCGGGAAACAAUCCACCUAAAAAACUUAGAAGGUAUAGAGACGCCGAUCGUAGAAUUUUACAAAUUGUACGAAACUUUGCUCAGUACGAAGCUAUUGAAGAAUAUUUACGGGGCAUCGCCCAUAAUUACCAAAUGGGGCAAUAAUAAUGUAAUAUUAUAUUAAUAAUGUAACUGUAAUUGCACUUGCAUACUUUAUGAAUGGCAUACUGUUUAUUAGAAUAAAGUUAUUUUCA